CAACCAACAUCGCAGCUAAACGCACGCGCGAAAAAAAUAAUCGGAGUGCGCUGAAAACGACGAAGUAGAAGGAGUUGUGGCAUGGAUACGGACAUGGACAUGGAAGCCAUAAAAAUGCUGUCGUCGAGCCAUGAAUAUGCCAACCAGUCCAACUCCGAAUCCAAAUGCAAUGCAGCCGCGCUAUUACGACGCUGGAUCGGAAUAACCAACAAAAGCAUCAGGUUCAGAGCGAGGAGCGGGGCGAGAAAAAAGAAAGUUAUUGGAGCCGGUUGCAGCGACCGUUCUACUGGCCAUGUCCACCUCCAUGCCCCGCUACCUUUCUCACUCCUCGGUGCACUUUGCAUACUGAUGAUCUUCCAGUUGAGCCUGACUACGCCAGUCCGCUCCAACGAGACAACGGCCUGGCCACCCAUGCAUCAUUACGAUAUUUGGGACGAUCACUUGGUGGAGUCCGGUGAACGGGAGGAGGCGUUACUUAGCAAUGAGGGGGACUUUGAGCUGCAAACGGAAGCACAGCAGGAGCUGGAGAUGCACCAUCAUCCAGACAUCUCUGAGGGGAGAUGGAAUCAGACAAUCAGCAGAGAGGGAAAAGUGAUCCACCUAUUCCCAGUGCCCGUCGAUGGUGACUGUAUGUCCAACGAUGGUCGUCGCAUGGGCAAUUGCCUCAAUGCCUACGAGUGCCGGCAGAAGGACGGCCAGGCGCGCGGUGAGUGCGCCAUGGGAUUCGGGGUCUGUUGCGUAUUUCUAGCCAGCUGCAACACCACCAUCGCCAACAAUAUCACCUAUAUUGUGUCGCCGGGAUUCCCCAGCUUUAUGCCCAGCAACUUUACCGGCUGCCGCUUGCGGGUGAAGAUGAUGAGCGAUGACAUAAGCCAGGUGCGGAUCGACUUCCAUCACUUCACAUUGGGUCAGCCCAAUCGCAGGACUGGGGUCUGCGAGGGGGAUGUUUUCAAUAUAGGCGGAGGACCCGGUGGAAAUAUCUCAAUUUGUGGCCAGAACAGUGGACAGCAUUUGUACUACGAUGUCGGAGCUCGGGUCUCUCCACGACAAUCCACUUUGUACGGUAGUCUUCGUCCCGUGGGCGGAGCUAAUAGCACCUCAGCCAACGCCACUUCAACGGGGGGAGAUCGCUUUGUGGACAUCAAUCUCAAUCUAUCCAGUCGUUUUCUUCCCCUUCGAAUUUGGGAGAUGAGCGUAACACAGAUUCCGUUUAGUCAACGAGCUCCGGCCGGUUGCCUGCAAUAUCACACAGGGUCUGAGGGCGUCAUGCAGACCUUUAAUUAUGCCGAAAAUGGCCGGCACCUGGCCAAUCAGAACUACAGGAUUUGUAUUCGCCAGGAGCUGGAUAUGUGCUCGAUCAUGUACCAGCCGUGCGAUGAGCAAUCCUUUCGUAUUGGCGGUGGCGGAAGAAUGGCCACGCGAACUGGUGAAGGAUUAGCGGGAGCACAGGGAGGAGCAGCUACCUCGGCUCCUGCACAGCUCGCACAAUCGGAGGCUGCGAGCACUCCGGCGGCAGCAGUAGUUAAUGGUGCAAUGACCACAGCAGCACCAACUUCCAGUACACUGAUGCAGAUGCUGGCCAAUAUGGCCAACUCCACAACCUCCAGUCUGAUGACCAUGAUGUCGGGUAAUGCCAGUUCAGCUGCAUCUUCACCCGCCACCGCCACCGCCGCCAGCAGCAGCAGCAGUACGGCCGCAAUGAGCACAACGACAACAUCAACCACAGCAACACCACUUCGUUCCAGCACAGUGGCUUCUACAUCCUCGGAAGCACCACCAUCCUCGCCGGCCAGCGACGAUGUGGAAGGCUCGGGUGGCGAGGACGGGGCAGCUGGCGAUGACGACGACGAUGGUGGUUUCCUAUUCUUCCGAAGUCCACCCACAACCGAGGAACCGGGCGUUUCGCGACGUCCUCGUCCGGUGAGUGGUGGCUUCGAUAUCCUGGGCUUCAUUCGCAACGCCUUCGAUUUGCAGUUGCGCCGGCGACGACGACGCCAGGCCCGCCAGUUCUUUAGCACCUGUUCGGACAGGAUAACGAUGCCGUGCAUCAUUGAGGAUUUCAUUGGUACGGGGCUGGGUCCGCUGCCCGGCUGCGAGCCUAUCCAUUGCGGUGCCCAGUUCUGCUCCUCGGGUGCCUGGCCAUGCCGCAUCGAGAGCACAGUGACUCCGUUCUACAUAGGCGUUCAUUUUGGCAACGGUCUGGGUGCAGGCAAGGCGAAUGCCGAGGACAAUGUGGGAGCCUGUUUGCGUUUCUCCCAAGUGCAAUGCAUGUAGUUGACAAUCGUUUCGUUUUAGAAAAUAA